GGAAAAAGGUUCAAAAGAGAAGCAGAUGCUUGGUCUCAUCAAAUGGCAGGAAUUAGAAGACCAAUGUUGGGUCCUCCCGGAACACUCAACACCAUUACUCCUUGUGCAGCAUGUAAGCUUUUGCGCCGUAGAUGCGCUCAAGAAUGUCCCUUUUCACCUUAUUUCUCCCCACAUGAGCCUCAUAAGUUCGCAUCCGUCCACAAAGUCUUUGGAGCUAGCAACGUAUCCAAGAUGCUAAUGGAAGUACCGGAAAGUCAGAGAGAAGACGCCGCAAAUAGCCUCGUGUAUGAAGCAAACGUAAGGUUAAGGGAUCCGGUGUACGGAUGCAUGGGUGCAAUCUCAGCUCUACAACAACAAGUUCAUGCUUUACAAGCCGAGCUUACGGCCGUAAGAUCGGAGAUUCUCAAGUACAAGCAACGAGAAGCAGUCGCUACUUUGAUCGUACCUUCCAACUUGCAAGUCGCCAGGUUUCACAACUGCAGCAGCGUCUCCGCCACUGGACCACCACCACAAACACCGUCGACUCCACCACAACCUACGGUGGCUCAUCCUCCUCCUCCAUCUUCUUGUGUUUUCUCUCAACCAACCACAAGAACCUUGGAAUAUGGCAACAUUGAAAAUGAGAACAACUCCUAUUUCGGUUGAAAUUUAUUUAAAGCAUUAUACAAACACACACACACACACAUAAUUUUAUUAUGAUAAUUUAUGGUCCGGUGAUUAACUACAUCAAACAAAUAUAAGGGAGGAAGGUUUAAAAAAACCAUAUCCUUAAUCGAGCAAAUGUAUAUUUAUUUGUUUAACCGACAAUUAGAUGAUGUUAAGGUUUUGUUUUAGACUUAUUGAGUGAAUU